CACUGGGUCUGAACGGCUCGCUUUUAUUUCCGGGGUUAAAGCAGCCGCCAUAUCUGAAUGCGCUUUAAACGCACAGACAUGUUUAUGUUGUUCAGCCAGUUUAGAAAUACAGCGGAGAGAACUAUAUAGUGCUUUAAUAUCACCCAAUAUACGUCCAACAGACAGGGUAUAAAGAUGUCGUUGGUGGAUUUGGGAAAGCGUCUUCUAGAAGCAGCUCGGAACGGUCAUGAUGAUGAGGUCAGGACGCUGAUGGCCAACGGAGCUCCGUUCACUACAGACUGGCUUGGAACAUCUCCAUUACAUUUAGCAGCCCAGCAUGGUCAUUACUCUACUGCGGAAGUGCUCCUGAGGGCGGGUGUCAGCAGAGAUGCCCGAACCAAAGUAGACAGGACCCCUCUGCACAUGGCAGCCACAGAGGGCCAUGAGGUCAUUGUGGAUUUAUUAAUCAGGAGUGGUGCCGAUAUCAAUGCCAAAGACAUGUUGAAGAUGACGGCUCUUCACUGGGCAGCCCAGCACGGCCAUCACAACGUCGCAGAGCUGUUGGUCAAACAUGGCGCUGACGUACAUGCCCUCAGCAAGUUUGACAAAUCAGCUUUUGAUAUCGCUGUCGACAUACAGCACGCUGAACUUGUGCAACUGCUACAGGAGGGAAUGCAGAAUCAGGUGAACAGGAAUGCCGAAGCGUCAAUCAUGAACGGCAGCUCCACCCCACAGUUCAUCAUUCAGGGCGUCCCAAACAUCCAAGGGGGAGUCGUCAACCUCAGUGACUUGAUCAAAACCAACUCGGGUGACACAGAGGAGGCCAUUGCUGUCAGUGCGUUGGACUCGAGUAUCCAGCAAGUGGUGAAUGAAUCAGGUCAGAGGGUCAUAACCAUAUUAACAGACCAACAUGGAAAUCUGCAGACAAAUGGACUCGGCCAGCCAUUCUUUGUCACAAUGCAGGAUGGACGACAAGUAUUGGCAGUUCCAGCCAAUCAAAUCACAGAGGAAGUGGUAGAUGACUCUGAACCUCCGGCCCGUAAAAGGAAAAUCGAAGUUUCAUCCAAUAAUGCAGAGACCAGUGAAACAGAGCAUCUCCAGUGGCAGUUACAGGAAGCCAACAGAAAAGCGCAGUCCUAUCGUCAGCAGUUGCUCUGCAAAGAGCAGGAAGCAGAGGGGUACCGCAUGAAACUGGAAGCCAUGGAAAACGGACAGACCAACGGCACCACAGCCCUGGACCAGGAGCAAGUCGUGUUUGUGCAGGAAGAGGUUAGUUUUGAAGAAACAACGGAGGCAGAAGAGGAAGUAGUCAUGUUUUCAGAUGGUGGCGUAGUCAUCAAAACAGAAGAGAUCGACUCUGCGGAUGAGCAGAUCACUUUAGUGGAAGCCACGGCAGGUCACACGGAGGUCAUUUCAUAAAAGAGCGUGGACUCAGUGCUCAAGCAACCAAAGAGUGCAUCAGCACGGUUUUGCUUUGGUUCGUUUAGAUUUUUUUUGCAGUUAAGUCCUUUUUGUAAUUUAUUUCCUUGUUCGGUUCAGGUUAAUGUUUCUUGCUUCAAAUGAAAGUUCACAAAGAAACAACCACAAUGUGCAUCAUAUGCACACACUCACACACACGCGCGCAUGACCAGGGAAAAUAAUUGUUUCUGGGAGUCUGUAUCUGUAGUGUCCUUAAAAGUGGUCACCCCUGAUUUGUCCUAGAUGGGGUUCUUCAAAACAGUAUCACUCAGGAUGAAACUUUGCAAACUGUAUGUUUUUUGAGAUCCCCUAGAAAUGUAGCUGCCUUAUUCAGACUAUUAGUUUCAUUGCUUCUGAAAUUAAACCAUGAAACUUCAUCUCAGAAUGCAGCAGUGUCGUGUUCUAUGCAUUGGAUGUAAAAAAAUUGCACCAAUUUCAUGAAUUUGUAGUCAAUUAUUUAAUUUUUUUUCCCUGUAGGGUGAUUUAAAAGGUAUAUAGGUUAAUUAAAAGUGCCUUUGGACAUGUUUAGUUUCACUCAUUAACGAUUCUACAUUAAUUAUUGCAUAUAUGGUAUUUGUUUCAGUGGGUAUAAAGCAUAAUUCCCAUUCAUUUAACAAUUAACUCACAUUCCUUGUGUAUCAUAUUUUCUUUUCGUUUUUUCUCUAUCUCUGCCUGUGUAUGUUUAAUUACUUUGAAUUUUAAAUUGAGAGCCCUUGUGCAAAGUGACAGAGAAAAAAUCUUUCACAAAUGUAAAAAGUUAAAUUCAGUGUCAGGGUUUCGUAUGUUAAAAUGCAUAAUUGUGCCCUCCCUGAGUUAUGAAAAACUGAGUGGUUUCUGAGGUGCAUGAGUAUCUGACCUACUGAUAUCUUCAAUAGAUGGCAAGAUCCGAAGUGAUUUAAAUGUAAUCCAAUGUUGUCUAUAAAACAGAAUAUAGUGGUAGUAAGUGAUGUUUGUCAAGGAUGUAAAUGUAGUAACCUCAGCAGAAAUGGUCAGUUUUAAGCAGCUGAGAUGCAUAAACUUCUCGCAAAGGAAUUAUGUAAUUAUUUGCCCUUUUUAACCAUUCAUAAAAUGAUGAAUGUUUCUCUUUUUAGACAAAACCAUCCUCACACAGUAAUAUACUGGCACUACAGUUUAUGGAGCUACAGUGGUGUAAAUGCAAAAUCUUGAGCUUAGUGUUUCCCCCCACUUGUGUUAUGUGCUUAAGUGAUGUAUAAAGCUUUUGACUUAUUUUUGAUUAAAAAUAUUAUAAUGAUCAA